CAAUCCUCCAACAAGCAUUCUCUCUCUAUAUAUAUAAUAUACACGUAACACUCACUCCACCUUCGAACGACAAUUUCCAUAGAUCUCCACGCAUCCAGACAUCAAUAUCCACACUUACAAAGGAGAUAGGGAGAAAAUGAAGCGCAUUAGCAUUGUAAUCUCACUAUUAGCGGCCAUUUUGACUGCACCCAUGACUCCGGUCUCCGGCCAGAGCACAACAGCAUGCACAAGUUCCCUGAUCAGUAGCUUCACUCCAUGCCUAAAUUACCUCUUGGGAAGCACCAAUGGUGGUGGUUCCCCGACCGCCGAGUGUUGCAAGUCUCUAGCGUCGCUCGUCACCAGCAGCACCGACUGUGCGUGCCUCAUAUUGACGGGGAAUGUUCCAUUGCUCCUCCCUAUCAACCGGAAUCUCGCCAUAUCGCUUCCUCGCCUGUGUAGAUCGACGUCGGUGCCCCUGCAAUGCUCAGGCACAGCCAUGCCACUUCCUAGUCCAGGCCCCUACGCAUUUUCCCCUUCUCUUCCCCCUCUUCCUCCAACGCAAUCUGAGCCACUACCACCAUUGCCAACACCAACAUCACCAUUGGAGCCAACAUCUCUAUCACCAUCAUCACCAUUGGAGCCCGCAUCUCCUCCACCGGUGAUCGGGGAUGCUGACCAGGGACAACGUCCACUUGUGCUGCCAAGCUCUGCGAUGAAGCCUUCACAUAUCUUCUCAGCAUCCAUUUUACCACUGCUUGUAAUUGGAAUCAUGUUGUUUGAUAAGUUCUAAAAGGGGCGUAUAUGCGUGUGAUCAUCUGAUUCUUUUUUAUUUUGUUAGGGAAGAUUUGAGAGGUCAAGUGUUGGAAGGUCAUUAAAUGAUUUAUUUGAUUGGGUUUUGUUCUUCCAAUUUAUUGAAAUAAUGUUAUUUGUUUAUCUGGUGGGAGAUUA